ACUGGUCACGCCGCCAUAAUGAAUGCGCAAGACAGGUUCAUGGCCGACAACGAGCGCGAUGCUUCGCCCGAGAGAUUUGGUCCCAUUGAACGUCUCGAGUCCCACGAAUCACCCAUAGCCAAGAGACGCCGCUCUUCUGCGUCAUCCCACUCGGCAGUCAGGUUUCAAGAAAUGGGCAGAAGCAUUUCCAGAGUCGAGACACAACAUGAGAACGAGGCGGACCUUGAAAGACACCCUACUGCAUUGAGCAGAAUCCAGACUGGCAGAAGUCAACACAGCGCCACCGUCGGCGCAGGUGGUGCAGAGAGCAGAGGUCUUGGAGUCUUCCGCACGAGAUCUUCGAAGGCUAGCAAACCUCUGCCUUCCUUUGGCGGUGGCAAGCCUUAUCCUCCACCACUGCCCGAAAGAGAAGAAUAUGUAGUAGAAUUCGAUGGCCCGAAUGACCCAAUGCAUGCCCAGAACUGGCCUUUCAAGAAGAACAGUGUGUUGACCUGUCCUCCAGNNGCUUCCCGUUGCUGCUUCGCUGGGCUUUGUUACCUUGACGGCUGCUUUUGGCUCUUCGAUAUUCUCGUCUGCCACUGGUGCUGUUGCCAACGAAUACGAUGUCUCAAGGGAGGUUGGUAUUCUUGGUAUCUCGCUUUACGUUCUCGGUUUUGCUACUGGCCCUAUNNUUUGUGGGCCCCUAUGUCUGAGUUGUAUGGACGUCGCCUUCCCCUUCUUAUCGCCUCGUUCGGUUUCUCUAUAUUCUCUAUCGCUGUGGCCGUUGGAAAAGAUCUCCAGACCAUUCUCAUCUGCAGAUUCUUCGGCGGUUUCAUGGGUGCUUGUCCACUCACCGUUGUUGGAGCCGUGUUUGCCGACAUGUUCAACAAUGCUCAAAGAGGUGUCGCUGUCACCGUCUUCAGUAUUGCCGUCUUUUCUGGACCCCUGCUCGCUCCCUUCAUCGGAGGCUUCAUCACGACUUCAUACCUCGGGUGGCGAUGGUGCGAGUACAUUACCGCUAUCAUGGGAUUCACUGGCCUUGCCCUCCUGCUCUUCCUGCUCGAGGAGACAUAUCCGCCGGUCAUCCUUGUCAACAAAGCUGCCGAGCUCAGACGCAGAACCAAGAACUGGGGUAUCCACGCAAAGCAAGAAGAGAUUGAGAUCAACCUUCGCGAACUGGUUGAGAAAAACUUGGCUCGACCUAUGCGUAUGCUGUUCACAGAACCUAUCGUGCUACUAUUGUCCAUCUACAUGGCUUUUGUAUACGGCUUGCUAUAUCUCUUCCUGACCUUCUACCCCAUCGUUUUUCAACAAGUCCACGGAAUGUCUCCUGGUGUCGGUGGAUUGCCAUACUUCGGUAUGAUUAUGGGUGAAGUUUUCGCUGGUCUUUACAUCGUUAUCGACGUCCCAUCGUACAACCGCAAGCUCAAGGCGAACAACAACAUCCCUAUCCCGGAGUGGCGCCUUCCCCCAGUCAUUAUUGGUGGUGUUCUAUUCGGUGUUGGUCUCCUCUGGUUCGGCUGGACUGGUUAUCGUGCAGACAUUCACUGGAUCGCUCCAACCUUGAGUGGACUGUUUACCGGAUUCGGCAUCAUGUCUAUCUUCCUUCAGUGUCUCAACUACCUUAUCGACAGUUACCUGAUGUUUGCUGCUUCCGCCAUCGCUGCCAACACCUUCCUGCGUUCGCUCUGCGGUGCUGGAUUCCCUCUUUUCGCAACCUACAUGAUUGAGGGCAUGGGCAUCCAGUGGGCGGGCACUCUGCUGGGCUGCUUUGCUUUCUUGCUUGUUCCGCUACCCAUUUUCUUCUACCUGAAGGGAGCUCAGAUCCGAAGCAAGAGUCAAUUCGCCCCUACAUUCCCCAUCGCCAACAAGGCAUCAGCUAACCCGGAUGACGAGCCUGUGUCGCCUAGCAGUGGUUCCGAUGCUGCCAAAGACCUCGAGAAACAGGCCUAA